AUGUCGAUGAAGGAGGUCGAUGAACAAAUGCUAAAUAUACAACAAAAAAACAGUAGUUUCUUUGUAGAGUGGAUUCCAAACAAUUGCAAAACUGCUGUGUGUGAUAUUCCACCACGUGGCUUAAAGAUGUCUGCCACGUUUAUAGGCAACACUACUGCCAUUCAAGAACUAUUCAAACGCAUUUCCGAACAAUUUACAGCCAUGUUUAGGCGCAAGGCCUUCUUACAUUGGUACACAGGUGAAGGAAUGGAUGAAAUGGAAUUCACUGAAGCCGAAAGUAGCAUGAACGAUUUGGUAUCAGAAUAUCAGCAAUAUCAAGAGGCCACCGCGGAGGAGGAGGGUGAAUUCGACGAGGAUGAGGAAGGCGGAGCUGAUGAAUAA